CGACAACAAGGAUGUCCUCCCAACCCAGGCCAUUACCCCAGGCGCUCAUAUUUGACCUCGUGGGAACCUGUACAGACUGGCAUACUCCCAUCCUCGACCUACUGCGUUCGCAGCCCCUUCCCACUCCUCUCCAGUCGGCCGACCUCCCCCAGCUGGCAGCAGACUGGCGUGCAGGGUUCUUUCGCGAGAUCCUGGCCAGCUUUGAGGGGGGAGAGCAAGCAGAGGGUGUGGAUAUAGUUCAUCGGCGGGUGCUGGACCGGCUCUUGCAAGAGCAAGGCGUCGGAUCGGGGGAUGAUGGAAUGGGCUGGGGAGAGGAUGUGAGGCAGAAGCUGGUAAUUGGCUGGCAUGAGCAAGCCCCAUGGCCCGACAGUAUCGAAGGCCUCCAAAAGCUGAAGAAGAAGUUCAUGGUAGUUGUGCUUGCCAACGGAACAACGCGAUUGCAGCUGGAUGUCGUCCGGUCCUCGGGACUUGCGUUUCAUGCUCUAUUCUCCUCCCAACUUCUGGGAUAUAUUAAGCCAAGCCCAGAUAUCUAUCUCAAGGCACUGGACUUGCUCGCUAUCGCCCCAGAGCAAGCGCUGAUGGUAGCUGCUCACGCGUAUGACCUACGCGCAGCUGCCCGGGUGGGCAUCAGGACUGCGUAUAUCCAGCGAGCAACUGAGGAUCCACAGGAAGAUAUGGAUAAAGUCCGGGGCGAGGUCGACCUGUUCUUUGAUGGGAUUGCACAAGGACAAGGUCUCUUGGCACUUGCACAGUAUUUACGUGCAUAGACGAGGUAGCGUCAGCUCCAUGUUCGGAUAUGUACUUGACAGGGGGUUGACAGGUAUGAUAACUGUUAUAUAUUUUAUUAGUCUCACUAAUACUGCUCCUAUUGCUAUUAAUUUUCCUAUUAGUCUUAUAAGUUUUUGCAGAGUUAAGGUUCUAUUUCCUCGCUGGUCGUGGACAUCUUCCUCCGAACUCCUUUACACUUAACCAAUUUGACUUGUCGGGUGCUGGCCACUUACCGAAUAUACACCAACUCUUGAUUUCUUUCCUUCCACCACUAGAACAGGAUCACCAUUCCACCCGCUCGCACAUUCCAAGAAUGUGUUUCUUUACGAACCUGGCAUUUCUUUUCGUUAUUGCGUUGGCUGUCUUUGCCGCCCCGAUGCACCCCAAUGCACGUGUCUGAACAGGAGCCGUCUCCGCUGUCGUGAAGUCGGUCCCCAAAGGUGCAAACUGGGCAGUCCAGGAAACAAAAGCAGCUUUCCGAAGCGUUGCAGGAGGUAUAG